AUGGGUAGCAUUGGUAAAGAUGGAAAUAGCGAACACAGUACUCGCUUUCGCCUGCAAGACUUUGCCGACUACAAGCAGCGAUAUCAAGAGUCAAUAAGCGAUGUCGACUUCUUCUGGGCACAAACAACCCGACAGUUUCUGACGUACGAGAAGGACUUCACGAGCAUUCGACAAGGCAAACUCGCCGAAGGAAACCUUCAGUGGUUUGCUAACGGCCGUCUCAAUGCAGCGUAUAAUUGCGUGCAUCGUCACGCUGAGCAGGACCCUUCUCGCAUUGCCAUCAUCUACGAAGGCGAUGAGCCUGACUGUGGCCAUUCAAUCUCAUAUGGUGAACUUUCGAAACAGAUAUUCCAGGCGGCAGCGGCUCUUCGUAACCUCGGUGUUAGAAAGGGUGACCGAGUAUGUGUUUACAUGCCAAUGAUUCCCGAAGCCUUUGUGACAGUCCUCGCAAUCAACCACUUGGGAGCUAUUCACUCGCUGGUAUUUGAUGGGUUCUCGGCGCAGGCCUUAGGAGACCGAAUACGCGACGCUGGGGCAUUUCUGGUAGUGACAGCAGAUAAGAGCAGACGAGGGGGAAGAGACAUUCCCAUGAAGCAGACAGUCGACGAAGCCCUAGGGAGCUGCCCUGAUGUGCGUACCGUUCUUGUCUACCAGCACGGCCAAGAUUCUGUCUCCUGGAACCCCGGGCGAGAUGUCUGGUGGCACGAGGUCAUUGACAAUACAGCGCCACUGAAGGACAUUGCGCCAGAGUCAAUGGCCUCGGAAGAUCCUUUGUUCAUUUUGUAUACGUCCGGAUCGACGGGAAAACCCAAAGGACUUGUGCACUCUACUGCGGGAUUCCUGACGGGCGCCGCGGCAACAGGCCAUCAUGUGUUCGACAUGCACCCUAGUGACGUCUUUUUUACCCCCUCUGAUAUAGGGUGGAUCACGGGGUUGGUGUAUGCCCUAUAUGCGCCACUCCUGCUAGGCUGCACUACUGUGAUCUUUGAAGGGAGUCCGCUCCAUCCAACUGUCUCACGACUCUGGGACAUCUGUGACCUUCACUCAGUUACCCACUUCUACGCCGCCCCAACCGUUAUUAGACUUUUGAGACGGUUCAGCGAUGCGGAGAUUCAUCAGGCCAUGACAUCUUUACGGGUUUUGGGGUCUAUUGGGGAGCCUAUUGCCCCUGACGUCUGGGACUGGUAUCAUCGUAUAGUAGGUAAGGAGAAGGCAGAUCUGUUGGACACCUAUUUCCAGACCGAAACCGGCUCGUUUGUUCUCGCUCCUCUAGCAAGAAUCACUCCUACAAAACCGGGUAGCUGUACACUGCCUUGCUUGGGAUUGGACCCGGUCAUCUUAGACCCCAUUACGGGAAAAGAGGUAGAAACAGCGUGUCCGGAAGGGAUACUCGCUUUCCGGCAGCCGUGGCCCAGCAUGGCUCGCACAGCAUGGAACGAUCACCAGCGAUUCAUGGACACCUACCUUAAUGUUUAUCCCGGCUAUUACUUUACUGGGGACGGCGCACGUCAAGAUGAGGAUGGAUAUUUUUGGAUAAAGGGCCGAGUCGACGAUGUCGUAAACGUUUCCGGCCAUCGUCUGUCGACGGCCGAAAUUGAAGCCGCUUUGCUUGAGUGUGAAUUUACGGCGGAGGUUGCUGUUGUCGGUGUGGGUGAUUCUCUCACGGGAGAAGCUCUCGUCGCCUUUGCGGUCCUUAAGAGCCAACCUCCCGACCGGGAUGUGCGAAAGGAUCUCAAACAACAAGUGCUCAAGAGCAUUGGCUCCCUUGCCGUUCCCCGGACGGUUUAUCUUGUUCAGGAUAUUCCCAAAACACGCUCUGGGAAGAUCACAAGGCGUAUCCUUCGCAAGAUCCUCGCUGACGAUGUCGGAUCAAUUGGGGAUAUUUCGACGGUGGCCAAUCCUGCAGCGAUCGAUAGUGUAGCAGCCACCGUGUUAGGAUCGAAGUAG